AAAUACAAGUCCAUAACUAGAUAUACUUUUUUUAAAAAUAUAAAAAUACAAGAAAAACAUAUAUUUUAUGUAGCCGCUUUUGGUAGAUAUUGAAACAAAUUAAAUUACCUGAUUAGAAAAAAAGAAGUUGCAACGUGAGGGUGCGUGCUGCUAUUUUAAUAAUGUCUGAUCUAGGCGACAUGCACAUAAUUAACACAAAAAGUAGAUCUAUGGUAUUGUGUCACGUGUACUAUUUUUAGUUGGAAUAACAAAAAUGUAUGUUAAAGUGCCACUCAGAGAAUUUACAGGUAGAGCAGGUGUGUGCUUUGCUCUUCAGUUCUGACCUAUGAAACAAACAGUGGUGACUUUUUGUCUAUGCCCUUCUUUCUGUUUAAAUGUCCCACUGCUCAAAUGACUUCCAAAACCUCAUAGUAAAAAAAAACAUUAAUAUCAACUCAGGCUUCUUUUCUAAUUCUCAUACAUGCCUUAAAAAACAUGCCACAAGUGUCACAGUUCCUAUAUACGUCAUGUGUUGAGAGGCAUUGUGCAAUAUAUGUAAUUUUGCUUUUGUGUGUUUCAUUACGAUUUGCCUUUAGCCAAAUUCCAGCAGGCUGUAAUUACUGGGAGUGAGUUUAUAAGCACCCCUGUGUAUGAUUUUCUGCAAAUGAAAAGAGACGUCUGUUUAAACUUCUGUUUAAGAAAGAAUUAUCUUCAAUUGUCUCACAUCAAACUCUCAGAGCUCAUCAGCAUGAAAAUGUAUCUCCUAUUAAGCAUUUGAUAGUUUUUAUGGCAUCUUUAAAAAUAAGUUAAAUGUGUGUGUGCAAGUGUGUGUGCGGGUGUGCGUAUUCAGCGUGAAGUAUAACAUUCUGUACAAUUAAAACAUCAAGGAUAUUUGUGCAAAUGGCGUUAAGCUCGCUAAUGCAGAGAUUGGAAAGGAAACACAUGAAAUUUUACCCCCAUUAUGUGCAGAUGUUCUUUGCUGCAAAUGUGUUUUGAAUCCUUGAGCGUGAUAGAUGUGGCGUCUGCCUUAUAAUCCUCCCCGCUGUAAAGAAAUCAGAUCUUGCCAUUCAGUUUGGCUGUCCUCCUGAGGGACACAAUGACUGGAUCAAAGGGGGUGUUUAGGUCUUGAUUUAUGAGGGCUUGUGGGAUCUGAGAGAGAGAGAGAGAGACACCACUGUCUCACAUGCAGCAGUCACUCACUUAACUUACAGGUCUGACAGCGCUCACAUUUCUUUAUGAACUACACUGGACUUCUUUUAUUUUUCAUCUCUUGUUCACCAAACAAUUGCAGAGAUAUGCAGGAAAGCUGAAUUUUGGGCAAACUGAGGACAGUCACUUCAAGUUGAAACAGCUUGACAAAAUAAUAUCAUGGAUCUGGGCAUGGGAAGCGACAAGACAUCAGGAGAGAUUCAGUAUGGAUCCAGCUUCCAGUCCAACCGCAGCGGGCAGACUGUCACCUAUCUGGGGAAGUUUGCCUUUGACACCCCGCCGUCAGGUGGCAUCGGCGGCUCCGGCUGGUGCUCUGACAACAACAUCAUCAGCCUUGUCAGCGCGGGGAUCCUGGGCGUUUCUCCAUCACCUGGCACAGUAACGACACAGACAUCAUCCUCCGCAGCCAGCAUGGGCGGACAGGCAUCAGACAUGGAGCAGGUAUACGGUCCUCCGCUGCCUGCAUACUCCACCUGUAGCGACCUGUACCAGGACCAGGUCUCCUUCCACCACAGCCCGGCCACCAGCACGGCACUUGCCUACCCCGGCAAUGACUAUCACUCCACAUCCAAAGCCCCCAUGGAUGGCAGCCUUUUCUCCAUGAUCCCUGACUACAACCUUUUCCAUCACCAGGGGGAGGUUGGAGUGAUGGAGCACAAGCCCUUCCAGACAAUGGACCCCAUCCGCGUCAAUCCCCCACCCAUAACCCCCCUGGAGACCAUCAGAGCAUUUAAAGACAAGCAGCAGAUUCACCCAGGUUUCAUCGGCGGGCAGCAGCACCCUCCUCAGCACCACCCACCACCACAGACUCUCACCCUAAAGCCCAUCCGGCCAAGGAAGUACCCCAACCGUCCCAGCAAAACCCCUGUCCACGAACGUCCACAUGCCUGUCCUGCAGAGAACUGUGACAGACGCUUCUCCCGCUCAGAUGAGCUCACACGUCACUUACGCAUCCACACAGGUCACAAACCCUUCCAGUGCAGAAUAUGCAUGCGCUCCUUCAGCCGGAGCGACCACCUGACCACACAUAUCCGCACACACACAGGAGAGAAACCCUUCUCCUGUGAGUUCUGUGGACGCAAGUUUGCCAGGAGUGACGAGAGAAAGAGACAUGCAAAGGUUCACCUGAAACAGAAGGACAAGAAGCCAUCUGAUAAGGGCAGUGGGGCGGCUGGGAGCCACAGCUCGCCACCCAGCUCCUGUGGGGGUCCAACGGUGGGGACAUCAUGACCGUGACUACGUGCACAUGGACUGGACUCUCGCUAUGCCCCACAGAGAGACUAAGGAAGACAGGACCACGUCCACUAUGAGAUAAAUAGGUGACUCUUUUCCUCUUUUUUUUUGCAUCGCCUGCUCUUUUCAGUUACUUCUAUUUUGAGAUUGAUGCCUUUGGUUAGAGAAAGAGGGGGAAGCAACUCAGAGCCUCCUGUAACACAGUGCCAACACAAAGAACGGCACCACGGCACAUUCUGUCCAAAAUCUGUGAGGUUUGGUCUGGAUACACUUUUUGUAAAUUUUACUGAGAAUUUCUUAAUUGGAAAGAAGCCAGAAUCUAUCACAGGGGUCAAAACAGACAAAAUUACAGUGGAGCUUAGUUAAAGAGUGUGUUGUCUGAAAAGAAUGCAUUAAUUAAUUUUAUUUGGCUGUUUUAAAGUGCAAUUGGUUAUAUUUCUGUACUGUCAUGAAUACCUUAUUAGUGGCACUUGACUGUCUAUUUUGUUGUUUUUUGUUGAGGUGUUGUUUUUUAUUUUAUAUUUGAAUGUUCUUUUUUCUUAAGAAUGUGCCAAAUGUAUUGUGGUAAUACAGCAACCUUGUUCUUAUUAUUGUGCCUGACAUUUGCCAAACAUAGCAGUGAUAUCAGCUUAGCACAUGUGUUGAGUUCAAGCAAACAUCAGAUCUCGGUUUUUCUGCAAAAUUUGGUGAAGCCCACAUAAUGACUGAAUGGGUUACACAAAGCACACUGAUGUCCUGUCCUGUAACCUGUACUGAUAAAGCAAACAUGCCUGCAGCAAUCGAUGCCUUUUCCAAUACUUAUUUAUUUAUAGUCACUGAGAGACACUGUGUAUUUUUGUUGCCUUUUUCUAUGGUAACUUUAUGUUGUUUACCAGAUAUAAUUUCUGUUGCUUUUUUUGAAAGCUCACCAAUAAUGUUCAUUUUACAUUUUCUUGAGUUCUGCAAUUAUAUGCAAUAUAUUCAUGACACAUUCACCAACCCGUAAAUCAAAUGAGCUCAAAGCACAGUUAGACAGACUGAACUACUUUAAUAUAUGACACUGGGUUGCAAACAAGCAGUAUAUGAAAGCAAAGAUAAAAAAAGGAUUUUUAGUGUAAAAAGACUAAACCACUUGUUUCAAGUCGCUAAAAGAAAAGCAGCAUUAUAUGAGGGAAAUAAUGAAAUAUCCUUAUCCAUGUUUACAUCUUUUUUUAAUACAGUUAGACUGAGACAGAGUUGUGAACUAAGGAGUUGUUGUUUUUUGUACAGUAUACAAACAUGUAUGCAGGUAGUUACAGUAGAAGUUUCACUUUUGUACUAAACUGUCAAAUGCACCAGAAGUCAGUAUUAAAUUGUGCAUAUAUGUGCAUGCUUCCAUGCACACUAUGUAAAUACAAAUGUCUGCAUACACAAGAACUUUCAAUUGACUGAACGCCUGUGCAGAAUGUGUCUUAAAGCUUUUAGUAAUGUAGUUAUAAUACAGAAUAUUUUGUUGUCACAUGUUAUUGCAAUCAUUUAUUGGAGUGCUACAAUAGCACAAAAUAUAGUGUAUUAUCUUCCAUAAAAGAAAAAAAAAGAAUAAGAGCAUUUGCAUCAUGGGUACACUUUAAAGUGACAACUGGUUAAAGGAAGCACUAAUGUGUUCUCUGAAUAAACAACAAGAUGUUUUACAUUAUGUGUUCCUCCAGCGUAGUCCCAAACAAGGCUAUUCAAUUAACACAUCCUCCAAAUUGAACAGAGAAAUAUUUAUAUUCUCAGACAGGCAAGAGACUACAUGAUUGGAUAAUUUUCCCUUUUUUUUUUUACAUAGUACAUGCAAUGCCAAUAUUUUUCACAAAUCGUUCCUCAUUGAUCUUUGUCCUGACAGAAGGAAAAAGAUUUUCUUCUUUGAGAGGUGUUUUAUAAUAUGGACAAAAGCACAGCAAUGACCAAUUUGAUAAAAACGAAUGGAUGCCCAUUGAUUGCUUUUCAGAAAUAUUUAAUUUUAGCUUCACUUUGCAAAGCAGGAACAUGUUUAAGUCUAAGACUGGAUUGACUCUUUGAGGCAAAUGCAAAAAAACACAAUAUUGUGUAAUUUUCAUCAAUUACAAUUCAUAUACUACACUUAUGGUUAACAUUUUUUUUUUUUUUUUAAUGAAUGAUUGAAAUCGUGGAUAUCACAAUUUAGGAGUUAAUUUCUUCUGUCAAGCCCAAUUUGUAACUCAUUUGACAAAAAUAUUGGCAUUGGUGUAAGAAAAAAAACAUUCACAUUUUCUCAUUAACUGUUGGUUUUAUUAUUUCAGGCGCACUUACCUUAAGAUUGAUCCUUUUUGUUUAGUGUUAAAACUGCCGAUAAUCUUAUCAUUUCAUGACAUUCUUCUUCUAUCUACUUUGACAAUAUUUCUGGUUAAUGGAUUUGCUCUUUGACUAUUAAGGAGUGUAGGCUGUAUGCCAGGCACAGCAUUGUUAUCAGCUGGAGAAAAAACACAGAACUGUACUGGUCAGUAGACGCAGCAUUCAGACUUAAAGAGAGUAUCGACUAACUACUGCAAAGGCCAAAAGAAAGGUUGAGAAAAGCGGUGCCACAGAGAACACAGUGCAAAGAGAAAUGAGCUUCCAAGGUCAUGCUUUCUCUUUCCUGUUACAACCAGUUUUCACGUCUCAGCUUCCUGGCAAGUGUCCACUUACUUUCCAAUUAAUGUGGCCUCAUAGUCUUUUCUCAGCUCAUCUACAUGCUUAAAUGAACAGGCCUCCUUGCAUUUUUAUAUACAGUUUAAAGUUCACUCUCCCUGUAACAUCGAACUGUAAAUCAAUAGUUGACUACUAUGAAAUGCAUUAUUUUUUAUUGCAGGGAUCGUCGUCGACAAAUGAAGUUUCUAAAGCAAUUUGCGACAGAAUGUCACUAAGAUGACACGAGCUUGCAGUUAAAAACACUGACAAUUCUAGACCUUUACUAUGAUACACAUCUUUCAAUCAGCAUCAAAUAACUAACACUCAGAGAUAAAAUUGGGAUUGAAGUUUAGAUUCUGCAUUGAGUAAUACCCACAAAUGUAAAAAUCCUGUAGCAGACAGCCUCAUGGAGUCCCCACUAAAUAGAUAUACUAAAUGAGGCGAUAGGAAAAAAUAUUAUUUAUAUGUAAUGUUUUCUUUAGAAUAAUAUUCUCUAAAUCAUUUUAAUUUAUUUGACCAAAUAUGAUGCUCGCUUUUGUGUUCUUGAUUUGAGUUUUUUACUGGUGAGAAUGGAUGUUUGUAAUUAUGAUAAAUAGAAUGUGGCCUCCUCAAAAAGAAAAACUGUGUUUAUGUGUUAAAGAAAGAUGCAGAGUCAGACGGAGACUACACCAAACUAUCUCCGUGUCUAAAUGAAGCCAUGUAAUUACAACUUUGCAAACUCAAUAUUUCAUCAGUCGUGUGUUCUCAAUGUGUUUGUCACUCUUGUUAUUUGACACUUUUCUAAAGAACCGAUAGAUUUUGUAAAAUUUAUAUGAUCCCAAUCCCUCAAUAUAGUUUGGUGGUUGAACAACAUAACAGGUUGCAUUUUGUUCGUCUGCACAAUACCCAUUCUCUGUAAUGUGUGAAUGUUAAAGAUAUAUGUCGAUGUUAAACAAACUGAGAAACAGCCCCCUCUUAGUUGUGCUUCUCCAAAAAUAAUUGAUGUAAUUUUUUCUGUUUUAUUGUCAAAAAGUGGGCGGCUGAACGCUCUGAAAUCAGAAUUUGCCUCAUCCUCAUUCUGUGCUCCAUGUUGGAUAUGAGCCAACAUCAGCAGCCAUCUUUGUGCCAAACUGGGUUGCAGGGUUGGCUGAUUAAAAACAAUAAGUGAUGAGAUCUCCACAAAAGCAACAAAUCAUAAAUGUGACCUCAGUCAGCUCGCAGUUGAAGGCAGCCUUCUGCUAAUGUUUGUGUUUAACUGUUUGAUUUAGUCUCUGGGAAGUUAGCCUUGGGCAGGACAAAAGGCUACGGAUCAUUCCUGCAAAUUAACAAAUAAACCUUUUUUUUUUUUUUUUUUUAAACACCUCACGUUUAAAGAGAUUACAAUAAUGCGUAGAUAUAAUAGGCUACUCAUGUCAAUUUAUGGACUACAGGGUGGCUUCAGGGAUUUUGUGGUCUUCAACCGUGACACCAUGGUGUUCAGAUGAAGUCGAUACUCACUGUUUUCUGUUGUGUUGUGUUUUCUUUUCCUUGCAGUAUAUCCUCAUGUUUGCAUGUGCACGGAAAUGUUCCAAAGUGCUGCCCUCAGACGUUGUGGGUGGUGCUCAUUUCUUUAUUAUGCAUGAAAAUAAAAGUCACAAUGGGUGAAAUGGGAUAAACCUGACAACAAUUCAAGACAGACAAUUGAAAACACACACUGGGAUAGCUGUUCUGUUGUUUUUUUUUCUUUGAGAAAACAAGAGGUCUUGUUUAAAAUGUUGUGGAUGUCUUUAGCCUAUUUCAUGUUUCUAUUACCUUAUAAUAAGGUCCCUUCAUGAUGAGCUGAAUAUUGACAUGAAUUUUACUAUAUCCUUGUGAUGGGGAGUUGUGCUCCUCUGUUUACUUGGCACUUAAGUUUGUUGUAAUGCAAUUGUUUUGUUAUUUCUAUGUAAGUACUUGAAUAAAGAAAAAUAUCACUUGC